AUUCGAAUUUAUUCGCCUCAUUCAUCCUCUGGCCUGGUAGCGCACCAUAGAGCGACGUAUGUACAGUAGUAUGGAAUUUGACGAAGAUGACAACCAGACAACGGACCUGCUUCGUUAGAUUUAUUUGGGAAUAUUCAACAAACACAAUAUACUGUAAUCCAUUUCUUCACGUUUAUUAAUUAUUGUUAUUGUUUAUUAUAUUUGUGGUCAUAAACACCGUUUUCAUUCUGUGUCCACCCAUUUGGAAAUUAUCUGACCUUGAGUAUCAUUUAAUAUCUCUAGGAAUCUCGCAUCGUUCUCAUUUUGCAGUCACAUGCGACAUGGGUUCUGAACUGUCUGCUUAUUCGAUCAGUGUGUUGCUUGUGCUUCAACGGAUUGCUUGUCGUAAGCGAAGAUCGUCCUUGGUCUUGGUGAAUGGAUGCGUAAUUUAUUAAUUAUUGGUAAAUCUUAUGGAAUACGACCUGUAUCGACUCGGAUUGGUCUUAUCGAAAUCAGUCUCGUCAAUGGGAAGAAAGUGAAAAUCUGGAAAAGCAAGAAUGGACGAAGAGAUGCCAUCGGCUUCAUCGUCAUCGGAUUGUUCUCAUUUUCCUGGUGAUUUGCACAUGGACGAUGGCACGGCAACACUGGAGCAGUGUGAUGCAGGACCAAGUGAUCAGAGUAGUCCGCGAGAGCCACAGGGUUCUCCACAGGCGUCCGUCGAUGAGAGUUCACUACAGAAGCAGCGCGACAAAAACAAAAUGUCUUUGAAGGUGAAACUCAUGCUCCGACGGCCCGUUAAUCAGCUUGUUGACCAAGGAAUCAUGCCACCACCAAAAACGCCAUCGGCAUUUUUCGAGCAACGACGACACCUGGAACGCGCUAGGACUGGUGAUAUCUUGAAGACAAAAAUUCAGCGACGCCCCGAUCGCGAAGCGCUAGUACAGCAGCACAUUCUUGAAGAUACGAGAAUAGCCCCAUCACUUCAUGAUCGUCAAAGAAAGCUGAAGAGAGCCAAGUUGGCGGAUUACCUAAACGACAAGAUAGCUCACCGACCUGGUCCGCUCGAGCUGGUACAAGAGAACAUUCUCAGGCUAUCCAGCAAUGAUAGCGAAACCGCUACGAAUCCCGUCAUUGACGGGAGUAUUAGUUUCCGAAAGACCUGCGAAGGGGAAACUGGUCGACCAACUGGCCCCAAUCGUGAUCUGGAUGAGGAGGACGGCAGUAGUUCGGCCAGCAGUCCGACCAGCACACUCGCUAACCUGAAAGAUCUACAAGUGACAUCGCCCACGUCUGUCAAUGGCAUCCCAUCGACACCAGGCUCCCUUGAAUCGCUGUCCAAAGCGCCAUCGCCCGCUAGCGUCGUGGUGCCGUCUUCCUCCUGUCCAUCGCCUCAGCAGUCAUUUGUUGCCGCCAGUAAUCUCAUACAACAACCCACCUCAUCGUCGCUGUUAGCGCAGCGUAGACGCUCCAGCGCCGAGGGUGAUACAUCCGCUGCUGCGCUCGUGUGUAGUCAAGGUCAUCCAGGGACCAAUGUUGCGUCGUCUCCUGGAAUUGCUUCCGUUGCCUCGUUACCUACUGCCACAAACAGCAGUCAGCAGCGCCGGAACAGCAGUAAGAAAUGCCGAGCUAAACCGCCAGUACCGCAAAAGACCAGAACGAUUAAAUUCCACGAAUACAAAGGCCCGCCAGUGCAGAAUAAGAAUACAUCAAAACCAGCUGUUGCCGAUGAAUCAGCCAAAGCAAAUACUUCCGCGACGGAGAGCGAAACAGCCUAUCGUCUGCUAUUAAAACAACAACAGCUGUUUUUGCAGUGGGAACUGGAGGCACAGCAAAAACGGGGCACUGUGGAUCAUAAAGAAGCGGUGGUCACAAAUAAUAACAGCGUAUCUCAAGUGUUGACCACUCAACCGCAACAACAAGCGAUUAAAAUUGAAAAUGAGCCGCAACCGGUGAUGCACCAUGCUAUUCUCCGUAAUGUGGAAACCAGUCGGCCUAGUCAGGCGCAACAUGUGACGGUUGCGUUCCCAAUACAGAAUCCCAUCCCGGUGCCGCCUCCGUCCAGUAACUUAGUUAUUCGAACCGUUACGCCGAAUCCCGACAUUCUACAACCACCGACUCCGGCACCCUCUCUGGAGGAAGUGAAACCUGAAAAAUCAGUGGAAGAAAAGCCGAAGAAACCAUUUAAACUCGAUGAUCUGAAAGUGAGCGAUCUGAAAGCAGAGCUGAAGAAGCGCAGUCUUCCGGUGUCUGGUGCUAAACCGCAACUGCUCGAGAGAUUAAAAAAUUACCUGAACGCUAAUCCGGAUGAUCAGAUUAACGGCAAUCUGACGCCGCCGAACAGUAAUGCCGAGUCACCACCGGAAAUUAAGACGGAGGAGCCAACGGAGAGGACGGUGACGGAAGCAUCCGCAACGAAACCUUUUGAACUCCCGUCCUUGACAUCCUUGCGACCGGGUCAACAAGUCUCUUUCCUCCAACUCGAUCCCGUUCAGCAGCAGCAGGCCACCGCAAUCGCCUUGCAAACCUUGGCGCUGCAGCUUCCCAAUGGUGUGCUGAAGCCGACCACCGUGUCGGCGCCACUAGUCCCGCAAAUUCAGAAUCUCCAGAUCAGUGCGAUUCCGUCGACUGUUCCGAUGGAUGUGGACCAACCUAUGCCCGUUCCACAGCAGGCCCGCGCGCAGCCUACCGUCCUCAAUACUUUGCCGACCAUCUUUUUGGCCACGUCGCAGCCGACCCACAGUAGUCAGAUGUCGGGAUUGACGUUUCAGUCGACACCGCUACAAGUCCAGCAAAAUGCCAUGCCUUACAUUAUCACAAUGAAUGGACUGAAUUCCACGUUGAAUCUGAUAAAUGGAUUCAAUCUUAAUGCGGUGAUCGACAGCCAGAAAGCGCAACAGAAUGCUCAACCCGUCCCGCAGCAGCCCGCCCCGGUGCCCGCUCCGCCGCCCCCCGUACAGUCGACUUCCACGACUGGCGAGCUUGAGCCGACGUCGAUGCAAAAACUGCAGCAACAUUUGCAGCAGAAGCUGUUAAUGCAGAUGCAGCAGAAGCAGGAAAAGAAGGUGCUGGAGAACUCGCCGGUUGCGACGUCAAAUUGCUCGGGUGACCGCUUUCCGAUGCAAAAUGGUUACGCGUUGGGUGGUGCGGCAUACGAUGAAGAGAAUAGUGGUAUGUGUGUGGACAGUGUCAUGACGGAUGAGAGUAUGGCACAGAAUGGGGCCAAUGUGGAGGAGGAUGAUGGGAAAAGACAUUUGAUGCUCGGUAAUAACCCAUCAGCGACUAAGGUCGAAAGUGCCGGAAAUUGUUUUGCUCCGCAUUGCUCGUUUCCGCCUUCGACGACGGAUUGUAUCAAAAGCGAAGCCAUUGAUGACGUCCUGGAGAUACUCAUUCGAAAUGGAGAACUCCCUCCUAGUGCUGCACAGGACGCUUUGCCCAAGAGUGUCAUUCUCCAGCAUUCGCCCAAACCGCCGCAGUCCGCAAAGAAUCCCAUGGUGUCAGCCAGCAAUAAUUAUUAUGAUCGUCGCCUUUCCAAUCCCAGUAGCACAUCCUUUUUGUAUUCGGACCAGCCUAGCCCGCCCAGCAACACAUUUCCAUUGCCUCCUAUUAGCAGUAUCAGUCCAGCUAACCAUGGCUCUCCGGUGUCACAGCACAACAACAGCGCCGACACCGCCGAUCUCAAUGCCAUCCAGCAGCAGCUGGCGCUGCUGGAAUAUCUGAAUAAUCAGCAGCAGCAGCAGUCUAUGGCACAUGAUCAUCACGACGUAUCUCAGGUCCCCAUGAAUCCCUCCAUGGACUAUUCAACAGAUGCCGCGAUGUAUUAUAAUAAUGCAUUUAAUGAUACGAGUAAUAGUGGCCAUAAUAAUCAUCUCGCCGGCAAUCAGUCGAUGAAUGAUGACGAUAUUUCGGCCCUGCUGGAUAGCUGGCUGGCCGGGAAUGGGGGCUUUCUGGGCAAUUCCGCUGGUAUGGAUAUGGGCCACAUGGGAGACCGCUCCGCUCUCAGUGUGUCGCCGUUCCGUCAUGAAGAAAUGCAAGCGGAUACCCCAUCAUUCCAUGACGUGACGGCUGGUCAUAGUGCGAUGGAUGAGAGUUUCCUUGGCACGAAUGCCGAUUCGAUGUUUGACAUGUUCUUCGGGGACCUGUCAGCCCAUCCAACCAGCGUGGCUGGCAAUCCCACUGGCGGCUAUUUGGCGGGGAUUAACACGAUAGCCGGGCAGAAUGUCGGUGCGUCCAUGUUCUGGCCGGAAUCGGAGCAGAUGUUGUAAAGCACGAAAAUGAUCGGUGCAGUAUUUUGGGGACUGUUUGUUUUGUCUUUCGAUGGAGGGGAAUAUGGAUGCCGUACCGGGAUGUUGGCUGUUGGCAGACGGUUCCCUGUUUUGUCCCAGAGUGCGAUUGACCUCUGGCAAGUGGUGCUCGUUUCUCCCGGUGGACUGGAGCAGCUGGAGAGUGGCUCUGGGCCGGAUAAAGGAUGGUUGUGUAUAAUGUAUUUUAUGCGUGAGAAUUUCUGAAGGAGUUUUUUUGCAAUGGUUUACACUAUUGAUUCCUAUGGAAGUAUUGUUGUCUGUGAGCGUUAGUGUAGUACACACACUACCCUUGUAAUUUUGACCCGAUUCCGUAAUAUGUAUGCGUUGUUGUACCUGUUGUGUAUGAUUUUUCGUUUUUUUUUAUUUGUAUGUUAUGAAGUUGAAUCUAAUCCUUACUACCGUUUAAGCGGUCGCUGGUGCCUUAGACACAAACUGCCAAUGCCAAAAUUAUUAAAAUUGAUUUUGA